AUGUCAAAGUCACUCGGCAAUGUGGUUAAUCCCUUCAGCGCAAUGAGCCGUUUCGGGGUCGAUGCAAUCCGUUGGUAUAUGGCUAGGGAUGGCGGCAUCUUGAACGACUCACCGUACGAGAACUCGUUCAUCAGCGCGCGUUACAAGAAGGAGCUCCAGGCCCAGAUUGGCAACUUGCUGAACCGGAUCGUCAGGGGCAAGUUGUGGCAUCUACCGUCCUGUAUAGAAGCUUGUGAAGAGGAGCUGAUCACCAUGUCCCCAAAACAUCAGGAGAUGAUCAACUUUAUCGACACCCGGGAAAAGAUGAAGCAUGCCGUGAGAGCGAUGAAUGAAUCCAUGGAAAAGCUUGACAUCCGCGAGGCAACAACGCUUGCGGUUGACCUGUGCCGGUCUGCGAACCAGCUUCUUGGAUCGUCCGAGCCAUGGAGACUCUCGCAAGAACCAUCCCCUGAUAAUGAACGGAAGUUGAGAUGGAUCAUUUUCGAGAUGGCUGAGACUCUGCGGGUUGCCAUGAUUCUUUUACAACCAGUCAUGCCGGACACAAUGGCUCGGGGGUUAGACAUCUUAGGCGUGCCGGUAGAACAUCGUUUUUGGAAACCUAAUCUGGCGGAGGUGUUUCCCGAGUACGGUACGCCUAUGUUCGAUCUGGGACCUGUGCCAAAGUCUGCUGGCAGGAAAGCGGGUAUCUCUGCCUCUAUUCUAUUUCCGCCUCUGCAAUCCGACGACUGA